AUGUCCUCAACUCAAGAAAUCAAUAUCUCCAUAUCCCUAAAGCCGCCUGCUGAUACCACUGCCCCUGCCAACCUAUCCGCUACCUCUUCCCACGCCUUUCCUCUGUCGAUCGCACCGGAUGCGCAAGGCCAUGCGGCAUAUUAUGCUGCCCUACGCGCCGCGUUGGCGGACGCUCGCGCGAAAACCGGCGACGAGUUGACGCAAUGGAGAGAUGUCGUGGGGAAGAGCGAGCUGGGAAAGGAGCCAAAGAAGACUGUGACGGACGAGGAUGAGGGAGACGAAGAGGAAGAAGAGGAGUGA